CUCUCGGCGUGCUCCAAGGGCGGCUGCCUCGCGGACCCCGGAGCGGCCGCCGGGAACGCCUCCCGCAGGCGCCGCCCCCUUAGCUGUCCGAAGCCCGCCUGCGCCGCGGGGCGCGGCCGGAGCCCCCUGGAGGAGAGACCCUUCAUCCGGGGCGCGCGGCCGGAGCCCCCCUGAGGCGGAGACCCCUCGUCCGGGGCGCGCGGCCAGAGCCUCCCCUCAGCCGGGGCGCCCCUGAGCUCGAGCCCCGCUGAGGCGGGGUGUGGGCCGCGCCCUGCGCGCAGCCCCGCGCCCGCGUCCUGCCCGCGCUUCCCGCGGCGGCGGCGGCUGCGGUUUCGCGGGUCGAGUUUAAACUCGGGGCCUCGGCGGAGAGGACCCUCUGCGUGUUGCGCUGAAGAUGGCGGCGUCCAGCCGCGCGCAGGUGCUGGACCUGUACCGCGCGAUGCUGCGGGAGAGCAAGCGCUUCGGCGCCUACAACUACCGAACUUACGCCAUCCGGAGGAUAAGAGACGCCUUCAGAGAAAACAAGAAUGUGAAGGAUCCCGUAGAAAUUCAAGCCCUAGUGAAUAAAGCCAAAAGAGACCUGGGCAUAAUCCGUCGGCAGGGCAGCUGUGCAGCAGGAGACAGAACUGAGUCAGUGUCGCCGCGUGAAACCCAGCUGCAGAGGCGGAGCAUCCAGCGGAAACACAGGACGGCUGGCCGUCCAGCGCGGUGCACUGCGGUCAAGCUGCCUGGAGUCACCGUGCCCGUGAUGCUGUGAGUCCCUGAGGGCGACGUGCGUGCCAGGGCCCUGCCCGAGGAAGGGAGUUGGACCAAACAGUGGCGGAUGUUCCAGGAAGGAGGACGUGUUAUCAUCAGCUCGAUUUUCCGAAGAGGAAGCUUGCUCGAGUCAAGUGGUGACUGCGAGGCUGGGUCUCACCCCCAGAGCUGGUGGCGUCCAUGGCUGGACUCUUGGCCUUUUAGGGACCAGCUCGACCAAACCCAAAGAGGGAGACCCAGUGUCAGAGCACCGACUCCACGGUGUCUGUUACGCAGCCAGAGGCUCCAGGAUGUCUGGCUUGGGAAAAGAUGCGUGUGGAAGUCUGUCCCCUGUCACCUGCGGGAGGGUUAGCCCUGGGAUCUGUGCAUCAAGCAGCGAGGCCAGUCCUCUGACCUGGCGGGAGGCACCGCUGUGACCCGCAGCCACGUCGUCCCCAGCAAGUCCCGGGUCAGCCACCAGCCGCUGCCCCUGGGCAGGUCACUAGGCUGCCAUUUGUGCCCGUGUCCUCAGUCACAACGGAAGUGACGGCCAUACCUGCUUAGUAAGGCUGUUGAGGGUUCAUUGAGUUAAGCGGAACAGUGCUUCCGGUGGUCCUGGGCUUGUGGGGUGUGUAUUAGAGGGUUUGCUGUUGUUUCAGUGUGAAGCCAAACUAGGUGUGCAGAAGAGGGCUCUGAAAACCAGUCAAUCUCUGUCCGUUAUUCCUGAGCUCUUUAUGUGCUAGACACUCUUCCAGACAGUAGGAUACAGCAGUAAAUGAUAAUAAAUGAGACAGGUCCUGUCCCUGCCCCUUCCCCCGUGAAGCUCACAUUCCGUGUUAGAAAGAAAGGAAGUUACCGUGUGAAUCAGUGAAACACCCGUUCAGCACAUGAACAAGCCAUGUUGAGAGGUGAGCCCCCAGCCCUUCCCUUGAGACCACUGAAGACAUCCCGGCUGAGGCCAGCUGAGGUCCUUGUGAGGAGAGGCUCCUCCUGGGGGCUUUCGUGGUGUUCCUAACAUCCCUCUGCAAAAGAAGGUUAAUUUAACAUGCCUCAUAUGGCAGCACAGGAGCACGUGUCGGUAAUUUAAAAACAAAGAUACAUUAAGGCUACAUGCAUGAACUUUUUUUGCUAGUGACAUUAACAACUUAAAAAGCUUAAGGUCUCCCACCAGAAGCUGUACCCAAACACCCGAGGCCCUUACAUCUGAAGGCCAGGCCUCGCCCCUGGGCCUUGCUCCCCACCCCUGGAGCUGUCCCUCCCACGUCACGGCCCCUGACCCGUCCUGUUCAGGUAGAAGUGAUGCCCUUUAGAUGUCGUUCAUUUGAAGGCCUUGGGAAGCGAACUCCUGUUCACUCAGCAAAGGAAACAGACCGUGUCUGAGAGGUGGACAUUAUCACUCAUGGCUGUGAAGUUAGGCUUCCAUGAGCUCUGCGUUUUGACUGAAGUGACUUCUUGGUUUAUUAGUGUUGGGGCGGGAAUCAGCACUUUUCUAUAUGUUAAAAUCCUCGCUCUAAUCUCAUAACACCCGUGGUACUUGCUGACAGCAUGGAUGACGUUUGCAGAUGUAACUUUGAAGAGGUUCACUGUGCACCUUCUAAGUGUGCGCUCCACUCAGCUGCCAGGGUAGGCGCCUAAGACAGCUCACGGGCUGACGUUAAAACUCGUCCCUCAGGCUUGUUUUUUCUGAAUGAAAAGUAGCGUAUCAGUCUUCUCUGGAUGGUUUUCUCCUUUAAAAAAUUAUUUUACUGGAACUUGAACAGCUUAUGUAAAAGAAUGAAUAUUUUGCCUUUCACUUAAUUUCACCAACGUUGACAUUAGGUUGCAGACGUAACCCUAUCUCUGUAGAUGUCAGCGGUGUCUUCUUAGGACAAGGACAUGUGUCUGCCCUCUCAGGGUACUGUUUUCACACCUCAGAUCUGAGCAUCAGUGAGUGCUGGCUGACUCACAGUCCGUUUUCACACCUCCAGCCGCCCCACCUUUAUAACUGCCUCGAGCCAGAACCCAUUCAGGCCUCAAGAGGUGCAUUCACGGAAGAGGUGUAGGCACGUCUCAAGUCUCCUUUGAUGAGGAAGAGACCCUCUGCCUUUUUUCCAUGAUAUUGGCAUAUUUAGUCUAGACUAUUGCCUGUCUGAAUCUGUUGGUGUGUCUCUGUUAUUACACUUGGAACAAACCCUUCGGCAGGAACCCUGAGUGGGUGAUAAGGCUUCUCCCUUUCCAGCCGUCAGUAGCCCACAAUGCUGCUGGAACUGUUAUUGGUUUGUGCUCAGUUUGAUCCUUUGUUAAAGUGGAGGCGAGAUAUUUCCAUGACAAACAUCCCAUUUCUCUUCGUGAUUAAUAAAUCAACGGUUCCCCAUCAGCCUUUGACCCAGUGAUUUCCAGACCCAUUAACGCGCCUUGCCUGAAUCAGUUACUACCUCGUGGUUGCAAGAUGGUGACUUGUCUAAUUCUCUUAUAACCUCCUUGGCUUCUCCGUAUCACUUGGGGCCCUUUUUAAUGGCCGUAAGCCUCAAUUACAGUCAGGUAUGUUUCUUAGUCAUCUGUCUUGAUUCUCCCAGUUUAGCAAACACAUGAUCUUAGCCCAGGACUCAGAGGGCUCCCUCCUGACCCACUCUGGGGGUUUA